GUUGCCUCUUGCGUGACAUUGCAUCUGUGUCUGUAAAACUAGCAUGCCUUUUCUCAUUAAUUUUGACCCCAACAACUGCGUAUCCGUAGGGAAAUUUUUCGUAAGAAAAACCACCAAACAUUCUCAAAAUGGCCAAGAUGAUGAUGUCCAUGAAGGCGGCUGCCAAGCCGAUGAAGAAGAUGUCCAAGAUGAUGGCCAUGAAGAAGAAGUAAGUGCAGUCGUUGUCUUUGGCGACGCGCACAGGUCAAUGGUACCGUCAGGGUUGUCAGAAAGGCGCUCGCGUGGUGUGGUGUCUAUCCACGAACGCUUGUAGCUAAUGCCUUUCAUCAGUAAGUGAGAAAGAAAUCCAUACGUAGGUACGUUCUACGGACGGUCAGUUUGUCACGAUUGACUUCUGAGAG